AUGGCGCUGGAGAUUUUGAUCUCCGGGGCGGCCUGCCUCCCGGCGGCGCUCAGGGCCAGGCACUUGGAUCUCAUGGACCAGUUCGGCUCCACGGAGUGCUUGCAGACCCCUAGCUUGUGGAUCUGCUUGCUGGGGGUGUCUACGAAUUACUUCAUGCACGGCUUCAUUUGGAACUACCCCACGCGGUUCACCUCUCUUUGCCAGAAGCAGCCGCUGAAGUCUUUGGGGUCCCACCCUGUGGACGUUUUCGCAUCCCUAGAGGUCGUGGCGAAGGUCGUGCAGGGCUUCUCAGUGCUGGCGUUGUUGGGCCCCAGUGGCCGGCAGGGCGCCUGGGCCGCCGCCUCCACAGCGCCUGCCUGGUGCUGGGCGGCAUUCGCCGCGCUGGUGGCGGCCGGGCAGGCAUUGAAUGUUGCGACCUACAACGCCAUUGGCAACGCGGGUGUCUACUACGGCUUCAAGUUGGGCCGCACAGUGCCCUGGUGCCACGGGUUCCCCUUCAACACCGGGCUGCGGCACCCCCAGUACCUGGGCGUGGUGCUCACGCUGUAUGGGGCCCUGCCGCUGCUCAUGAGCAAAGAGCUGCUGCAGCUGGGCCUUCCGCAGCUGGUGCUGACCUGGGGGUCCAUGUACGGCGUCAUGUCGGCCAUGGAGCAGGCCAAGCUUUGGCCGUGCAGGUCGGAGAUGAGGCUGAUUCUGGACCAAGCGAGGUCCGCCUUCAAUGCUUUCACCCGCCGCGCCCGGUCCGCUCUGUCCCAGCCCGAUGAAAGCCUCACCGUGCCGCUGUCCAGGCCUGUUGAUGGUGCACAGACGGAUGUGGAGAUGCACGACCGGCUUUCGCUUUGGGCAAGGCAAGCGCAGCAGAAUUUCACGCAGGGCUUGCAGCAAGCGCGCACCAUCGACUGGUCCGAGCAGGUCCACGGCGUGCGCGAGUCUGUAACAUCAGGCUUUCAAAAGGUCAGUUCUUCUGCCAGUGCGGCCGGCGCCUCUUUCUCGGACCACGUGUCGCAGGGCAUGGAGCGGGCGAAGACUGUGGAUUGGUCAGCUCAUGCAGAGGCUGUGAAGACAGGUGCCUCCCGAAGCUUGCAGAGUGUGGCAUCGACAGCCUCAUCCUCGGCUUCUUCUUUGCAGGAGAGGCUGAGCGAGUCCAACGUGCUGCAGAAUGCGCGUGAAGGCGCUGUUGGUGCAUUGUCUGUGGCGAGCGAACGCGUGUCUGGAGCUGCAUCUUUGGCAAUGGAUCCAUGCAGGUUGUGGCGCUUUAUCAGCAUUUUCGCCUGCGGGCUGGCAAUGGUCCUCUUUUCUUUGAAUUUCCUGCCGACGCUGCUCAUUGCGCCGGCCACCUUUUCCCUGCUCUUCACCAGCGGGUCGAUGGUUAUGCUGGGCGCCUUUGUGUACCUGAGCGGGUGGCGAGCUUUUCUGGAGCAGAUCUCACAGUUCAUACGCAGGAGCUACAUCUUCACUGCCAUUUUUGCAGUGGUGCAGCUGGUGUCCCUGCUGUACUACAUGUGCUCCCAUUUUCCCGGAGGGACGUCCACGUUAAAUUUGCUUGGGCGCAUGGGAAGCCGAUCAGCGCGUUCUCUCGUUCUAGGCUGA